AUGGCGGGCUCACCACCGCUGUCUCCAGAUGCGGGCCCAACCGACCCUCAUAUUCCCAAGCUCCCCUCCGGGUGGAUAGCACAGUGGGAUAGCUCGUCAGUCGCCCGUCCAUUCGCUCCAACCCCGCUUUGUCUCGGCCGCUUUGCUCGCCCGCGAUCUCGCGCUGCCUCUCUCUACCCCGCUGACCAUCCAAUUUACCCAAUCAGCACCGGCGUGUCGCAAUGGGAUAUGCCGACGAGCGAAGCCCCCGCGGGGCCGACGAAGCGGAACGAGUCGCAGAUGCUGGGGCCCGAGUCGAGAGGUGAAGCCGUGCCGCAGAACGUCGAGGCCAACAUGGCAUAUGCGCAGGACGGGAAGGCCGAUGAGUACAGCAGCGACAGGGGCCUUGGUAGCACGGCUCUGCACUUGCUGGCAGGUCAGCAACAAGGGAAGCAGUCGUCGGGUCUCGGUGGGCUUGCAUCCUCCUUCUUGGGAGGCGGCCAUGGUAGUAGUUCACAGGGCCAGUCGAGCGGACACGGCGGCAGCGCGGGCCUCGUAGGACAGCUCGCCAGCGGAUUGCUGGGCGGAAACAAGCCCCACGGUCAGCAAUCGCAGCAGGCGCAGCAGAGCUCGCACCAGUCGAGUGGACUCGGCAGCAUGCUAGGUGGUAUACUGGGUGGAAGCCAUGGCUCACACGGUCAGCAGAACCACGGGCAGCAGAACCACGGGCAGCAAAACUACGGCUACUCUUCUAGCAAUUCGUCAGGAGGAGCCUACACUGGCAGCGCGCCGCCGGCGGCAUAUCAGCCAACGGGCCAACACGGCUCAGCAUCCACGACUUCGUUAGGCCAACAAUACGCCGGUCAGCCAACAUACAGCUCUUACUCCAGCCCCAGCCAGCAACACGGUCAGUUUUCUGCACCCCAGCACUCGUCGUCUUUCGGGCAACCGCAGCAGCACGGCUCCCCCUACGGAGGACCGCAGCACACGCCCUCGUUCGGCCAACAGGGGCAAGCCGACUUCCCACCCCCGCCAACCCAGCACCAGGGGGGCUACGGCUCCGUUGCGCAACACCACGGCGGCGCACCCCACGAGCAGUCCGGAUACUUCAACCAAGGCCAGGGCCAAGCCCACGGCUACGGCCAAAGCAACUAUGCCGGCGCGAACACUUUCCCACCGCCGCCACCUUCGGCCCAGGCACCCGGAGGUUACACCCCCUCGCCCAUAAGCCCUCACGGAGCUCAUGGAGCCCCCGUUCCGCAGGAAUUGUAUGGCGACGCGCCGUCGUACAAUGCAUACGACGCCCAAGGCCACGCGCCCACCAGUGGAUACCAAGCGUACGGACAGCAUCAGCCCGGCCUUGGCUCGGGCCAUGGCCAGGGCCAUAACCAGGGCCAUAAUCAGGGCCAAGGUCAGGUUCAGGGCCAGCACGGUGCACCCCAUUAUACCGGUGCUGCUGCCCCUCCCCAGCCGGGUUGGUAG